UCAGUGGAAUGUGGUAAUGAAGUAGAACGAGUAGAGCCAGUGGAACAAGUGUUGAGACAGCUGUUUUUGAAUAUUUUUCGCGAAUUCAUUAAACGUAAACAACUUAAGUGUACAUCGCGACCUUCUUAUUUCGAUCAGACAAUGUUUCCUCAACCGAAGAGACGCAGAAAGAAUCAGGCAGAAAGUGAUUUUCAUCCAUUUCCCGUGGACGACAUUAACGCUGAGUCAGAGCAUAUCUUCGCCGGCUACUUUACUGGCAUAAACGUUGAAGUCUUUGAUGCAGAAUCAAUUAAAAAACUUUACGAAAACGGUUCCUUCGGAAUCGGUUCCAGAACGCAAGCCGCACCGAAAGUCCUUUGGAAAGGUGAAAUUGCUCCGACGAAAGUGUCAAAGGAAAUUUAUGAUAAAAAAUGUGAAUGGAGAGAGCAGAUCGAUUGUUGUGAAUCUAAAGCCGAAAUCAUAGUCAACAAGACCGAUGAUGCAGGCGAUCCAGAAAACGAUCCAAUGGAAACGGUUCAAAUCGAUCCAUUUCACAUCGAAGAAACACUUGUGCUCACCUUGGAGGAAUCGUUUUUCUUGCACAGCACAUUGAAAUGUCUUCGAAUUUUGGAUAGUGCAGGAACGGUGCUGGACACGAACGAUAUUUUAUCGAGAUUUUGUCGUUUGAAGCCACACUUUUGGACGCAUUUUGUGGCUUACUCGUACUUGAGGAGUAAGAACUGGAUUGUCAAAUGUGGACUGAAAUUUGGCGGAGAUUUUUUGCUCUACAAGAAAGGACCGAGAUACUACCACGCCAGUUACAUUGUGCUGGUAAAGCGAUCCGAUUCUCAGGAGUAUCUUAAUGUUAAUCAACUUCAUGGCCAUUACCGAAUAUCGGAAACAUCAAAGAAGGAUCUGCUGAUCGUUGAAAUUUACUACCCGAAGCAUUUAGUCGACGAAACAGAUCCAAUGAGGUUACUGGAAAAUUUGAAAAUGUUUCGAGCAUCGGAAAUGACAAUGAAACGUUUCAAUUAUCAGCAGGAGCAUUAGCCUUGAAAAUCACUUUACGGACAGAAUAAAUCGACGAAAAAUCAAACGACAUUUCACU